CAGGUUAGUCCGUUUCGGUGGUUACAAGCCACGAAUAGUGAAAUAAAUGUCCAUGCAGAGAGCUUUUAAGUCUCUGAUGUUAACACGUGCGUUCUUUAUUUAAAUGCAUUGUGGCUACCAUAUUAUAUACAUCUAUAUGGGGAUCCUCUGAAGAGAUUUAGUCGCUGAAAAGCCCACAACACACAGAGUAGGCUAUGGUCAAAGUAUGGUAAACACAGAGGAGUUAUUAUCCAUGGCGGCCAGCUGGAGAGAAGUGUUUGAAAGGGGACGUUUGAUUCCUCCACCAGGCCAGAUAGUUCGCCAGGCUGUGGACAGCUUCCUCACGCAGUCCCAGGGCGUUCAACUUAGCUUGGGCAAGCUGACGACGGCGCAUCUACUGAAGGAUGCGCCAGAGGUUGGACUAGAUGUGACCUACCAGCUACGAGUGACGUUCUUUGAUAGAAACCGUCAGUACUUCUUUGGGAGAACAUGGAAGAGUGCCCCACAGAAAAUGAAAAACAACAAGAUGUCCCUCAAUGAGAUCUUGUACUUCCAUACGUCUCUGCGGUUGCCCAGCACGGUGUUGGUUUUGGAGCUGGUGGCAUUGUCAACAAGGUCAGACGGUUUGCAACAGGCCCUGGGGCAAGGCUUCACAGUUCUGAAUCUUUUCCCCAACAAGACGGAGCCUCAUGGGGACAGAAGACUGUAUCUACUCCAUGGAUCACCAAGAAUUCUUCUUCACCCACUGCUGAAGGACACCGUUGACUACAGCAAUCUUCUGAAGACUAUUAAUGGGGCACACUUGGAGUGUGGGUUAAAAGGCCAUCCUGCAUUCGCUCCCGUGAUGCAUCUGCUUCCAGAGAAUGUCCUUGUGUCCAGAGAUGAGAACAUUCCUGGCCUCGCAGCUUCCCCGACAGGCGAUGCUCUGUUGAAACCUGUGCUGCUCAGGAUGCUGCCCUUCACCCUGCACAGACUGACAGUCUGCCUUCAGCCGUCCCUCGAGGCCUUUGAGAGUCAGCUGCUGGAGCUGAUCAACGCCGACUGCCAGAACACGAAACAGUCAAGCCAAGAUAGCUCCCUGCAAGCGAUUGUUAUCCAGGAAAGAAGGCUCCAUGUUGGGGUCCACAAUGGCUGGUGUUUCAUUGAUACACCUCAAGUAGUGGUGCUGGAGCCUCUCUCCACAGUGGUCAAAGGGCAAGCUGAGAGCACUUCCAAAAAGAGUACUCAGACCAAGGACAGCUCGACAGCACCAUCCGUCCCUCAGACUCUGGGCCUUCGCAGCAACCUCGAGCUCAGGUUGAUCAAUCAUGAGGCUAUAGCUGUUAUCUUCCAGCUGGAGUACGUCUUCUCUGCUCCUAUUGGUCGAGAGACAAUGCUGUCGGCUACGUCAACAUCCCGGGCAGCUUUCCUGCAGUGCCUCCGUUGGGCAAUGUUGUGUCCAUUCCAGGAGGCGACGGACUGGAAGGGGGAAGAGACACAGCUGGUCCUGCAAGGCGGUGCGCAGCCAAACCCUCUUGGAGUCAUGGUCUACAGUACAACCCAGAUUGAGAGCCCUGCACCACCUUCAGGGAACCCUCAGGUAACAAGUAAGGAUGAAGCAAAGCACAUGUCCAAGAAAGCAAAGACACAGGAUAUCAUAAAAUUCCGGCUGUCAUCCAGUGUGGAUAAGAUGUCAUCAAGCCCAAAGAUGUCUCUGAGAACAAGGCUGGGGGAUGGGUCAGGUCAGGGAAGAGCCUCCUCCUCACCUCCCCAAAGUCGGAAUUACAGUCAAGCAACUCUUCCAGAAUCACCACAGGGGCCCAAGCUCUCACUGUCUCAACUAGCAGCUACUUCAUGCUACCCGACCAGCAGCCACUCCAGCUCGGAGUUGCCAUGGCAACAGUCAUUUCCUUCUCUUCUCCGUCCUUCCCUGUCGCCGACUGCCGACCAGCCAUCACAUGUCGCCUGCUCAGCUGUCAGCAAUAUUGCUCACUUAGAGAUGGAGCUUCAGCCUGUAAAAGAUGGGUCACCUAACCACGAAGAACUUCAGGAGCUCCCGUUCACCCCGGUCCAUGCCCCUGUCAUCACUAUGGGGAUGACUGCACUAAGUUCGUCCUCAGUCAGUUCCAGGAGCUCACUGGCCCACCUCUACUCUGCUGGAUUCCCUGACAUUGUGGACUCGAGAGGUCAGGUGGCAGAAGUCUUGGAUCCUACAGAGCCGGUGCCCUUCGAUCCACAACGUGAAGAGAUGGAUCCUUUGCAGGAGAAUCUUCUGGUGUUCCAGUUUCUAGCCAUUACAAGAAUACCGAUUGCAGGGGUUACUCCAGAGUGGCCGAGCAACAUCUACUUCACCUUCCAGUUUUACCGUUUCCCACCAGUCACGUCACAGCAGCUCCGACUACUGAACAGUGGCAAAGUGCAGCAGAAAACCGGCGCCCUGUUUCCUUGUGUUCUAACCUCCAACCACAAUGAUGGAAGCAUGAACUCUGAGUCUCCUGGCCUGCAGGUUCAGUUCAGAGUAGAUGACAGCUUUCUUAAGCCAGGAGAGAAACGUUGGUUCCUUCGCUACCUGGCCCUUCACACCAUGCACAUCGACAUCUGGGACAGUGACUCAUUGCUGCUCAUAGGUUCAACUGCUGUCGAGCUCAAGUACAUGUUGCGGCAUGGUAAAAUGGCGGUACAAGCCCUGCAUGAGGUGGAGGUUCUGACAACCGAUUAUGUGGGCGAGGACACCCUGCAGACUGGCAAUGCCUCCAACAACCCGAUCGCCGCCACCAUUGUCCGGGGUCGUUUGCACAUUCGCACUGGAAACAUCGGGCACCAAGUAGAUCCAAGCAGGAGAAGGGCAGCAGACUGCACACAGUGUCAUUCUCACAUCAUCAUACCUCGUGAAGUCACUGGUGGCUUCACUGGGGGGAGCCUGUCUACCAGGAACAUUCGCCAACUCAAUGUGAGGAACACUGCACAGGCCCAGAGACUGCAGGUACAUAUGGAUCCACUAAACAGAGGCAGGAUCAACACUGAUGGCACCUUUUCUUUGGAGAAGCCUGACAGCGGAUGCCGCAAGUUACAGUGCAUGGCUGCCGUUUACCAGAAGGAGGGCAAAAAGGAAGCUUCUGAAAUGCCAAAUUCUAUGGAUCGGACUAAGAGAGUUACUUUGACCAGACAACCUUUUGUGACCAUGUCACAUGAAGACAUCAACAAGGCAGAAGGCAUCAGCAACAUGCUCUGCUACUCCAUCACCACCUCGUAUCAACUCUACGCCAGCCUGGGCUCUGCAGAGUACAUGGAAUUUGUACUUAAAAACCCUUUCAACUCACCUCAGACUGUCACUAUCCAGAGUGAUGAUCCUGAGCUCAGUGUCAUCACCAACACAGAAGAGUGGCAGUACUUUAAACAACUCACAAAAACACCAACCUUGCUGGAGAAGGACAUGUUCCACAUGGAGGAAGGCGCUCCAGGUCCAAAGGUUUAUCUGAGUCCUAAGGAGAGCGUCCACAUUCCGCUGAAAUACCAGAGCUUCCUUUGUGACCACAACAUGGCACCUCAGGAGCCGAGCUUCCUUCCUCCAAGCAAGAGUUCCAUUCAGGCCAAGAAGAUUCUGUCCAAUAUUGUUGCUGCCAAAACCAUCAAGGUUUCUUUCAAAGCAGAAAACGGCGAUCCAAUAGCCAUCUGCCAGGUGAUCGUGGAGCCAACACCUCACGUUGUCAACCAGACGUUCAGACUUUACCACCCGGAGCUCAGUUUCCUCAAGAAGAACAUCCGUUUGCCGCCAUGGCACGUUCUGUCUGGCAGCACAGCAGUUGGAGGCACAGGUGCCAAGACUCACAUUUCUGUAUGCUGUAGUGACCCCAACAUCAUCUGCCAGACUGUGACGCUGGUGCCAGGAGAGCCUCAGGACGUAUACUUGAAAGUACCUGGCAGUCCUUGUCCCAACAUCAAAAUGUUCUAUGUCAUGGUUUUCAUUGAUGAGUGGAUGGCGGCGCCCUCGCAGAUCUGGCAGAUUUACGUGCAUUUCAUGGAACGGGUGGAUGUCAGCUGUAUCACUGGCCAACGCAGCUGUCAAUCACUGGUGCUGCGCGGGAGGCAGGUUGCUCACAAGGUCAAGUGUUUCUCGUCACACCCGCAGGAGAUUGAGGUCAACCCUAGAGGUGUUUUCAUGCUGCCCCCUGCAGCAUUGCAGGAGCUCCAAUUGAAGGUGCAGCCGUGGCGGGCAGGCAGCCGCUUCCUGUUCUUGAACGCAGUGGACGUGGAGCAGAGGCAGCUGGUCACCGCAUGGCUACUCUGCCUUAAUAUCCACCGACCUGUUCUAUCCAAGGCGUUUGAGGUGUGUGUCCCAGUUAGAGGUGGGCGGGGAAGCUCCAAGAAGAUCACAUACACCAACCCUUACACAGGUAGCCGCACCUUCCUGCUCCACUCCGACCAUCCUGAUCUGCUCCAGUUCAAAGAGGAUAAAUUCCAGCAGUUAUUUUUGCAAGAAACCUUCUUCAGAGUAAUUGCAACAGCAGCAUGGUUUGCUCCCUCAGCCAGAUCCAAGGCACCUGAUAACACCACCUAAGUGCUGCAAGUCCAGUAGCUGUCGCCUCCACAUUGGGGGUAGUGCAGACACACCCCACCUCCCCACCCCCUGCUGUCUGCUCACCUUGUUAGUGUGUUAGCUGGGCUCCUCUGACUCCAGCAGAGCAAAAAAGGCGAGGACUGACUGGACCGAUGCCUCUUAUUGCUCUCAUGUGGAGCCAGAACUACACUUCACCUCCCUGAUGACCUCCAGCUCCAUCCAAGCAGGUGCAAACAACACUAUAAUGGAGGGACAUCACUGUAUGUGUGUCUUAUAAGGGCGUCCAGCCAUGUAGAAAAAGCUUUGCAAAUAGAUAAAUACGCAACCUAGCACCAACCAGCUCUUUCAGCAACACAUCAGCGUGUUUACAUUAUUUUUCAAAGCUGCCCAUAACACAGACAAGAAUUAUGCACCACGUGUGCUUUUUACACACAGAUUACACACUUCUUUACGCAACUAAACGCUGCCCUCAUGCCGCCCCAAUGUGUGAUUUCAGUGUUAUUCCAUAACAAGUGUGUGACAAAAGCAUUGUCGUGUGUAGCCAGCCACUGUCCCCAGCUGCUUUCGUCAGCAGACAUAUCAACAUGGCACUGUUAUUACACAAACGUUUAAUACAACGUGGCGAGGUGUUACAAAGGCAAAUUACAGUACUCCCUCCUGAGAAAUAAUGUGAGCAGCAACAAGCGUCUUAUGCAUAGUGCCUACUUGGUUCAACAUAGCCAUUGAUACUUCAUUGGCAAAAGUGGGUACUAUCACUAGUAGUACCUGGUCAGCCCGGUUUCUAAGCAAAUAGAGCCUAUUAAACCACUGCUGGUCACUCAUUGGUCGAGCAGAUUUAUCUGGAAAUGCCGCAAGAUUGUAAUAUCUCAGGAUGAAUGGCAGAAAAGGACCAAAACAAUAAACUAAUGUGAGCUUAACCUGCUGCUGUGCUUUAAUUAUGGAUGCUGCAGUACUCCACUUGAGGGAAGGAGUCUCCAGUCUCCACUUUGUUGUUGUAGUUUCUUGCCGCCCCCAGCCCCUCCCAAAUGCAAUUUGUCCUGUGACACAUGGCAACAAAAGUAAAAAAAAAAUAAACGUCAAUGCUGACAUCAUCUCUCCUUCAUGUUAUAUAUUAACUCUGGACAAUUUCAUUUUUUUUUUUUUUUGACUGUGAAGGACAUAUAUGGCAGGAGCUCUGUUGAAGAUACUGGAAAUUUUAACUAUUUGUGUGCUUUCCUGACUACACUUCACAAACAAGAUCAGCACUGCUUGCUGAAUCCCCCAACUUUAACUUGGAUAGAUGAGAGGUACAGAUUCCUUGAGAUAAAAUAGUUACAGGUGUUGAUACCUCCUAGCAAAUCAAGCUAACAGGCUAACUGCUGAAGUUCAAAGUGGUUGCCUAGCAACAAUGUCAAACAUAAAGCAAAAUGACACUGGCUGUGGCCAGGAAUUGAGAAUCUGCAAUUCAAAUCAGUGAAAAUUCUGCAAAUAUAAGGAUGGAAAUAUCACUUCUGAAACCAGAUAUUAAAUUUAAUUGGAAUAGCCUCUAUAAAAUGAUCACGGAUGUCCAUAAUGAUGUCACAAACAUUAUUAAGGAAAAUAGCGCACUGAGCAAGGACACCAAAGCACUAAAAGAAGAAAUCAAGGAGUUGCAGGAUGAAAAUGUGGACUUGCGCGCUGCUCUUAAGGAAGUUAAAAACCCUAUAGAAGAUAUCAAGGCUCUGCCGGACGAUAUUGAAGUAUUAUUGAAAGACAACGCUACCUUGCGCGGUGCUCUUGAGGAAGCUAAAAACCCUAAAGAAAAUAGAGCAUUAUCAAAGCACAAUUCAAGGAUAAUGCUGCCUUUUGCACCACCCUUGAGGAAGAGAAAGAAGCAAAGGAAAAUAUCACAAAGCGAAUGAAAAACGUAAUUGACGAGAUGGAUAAGAAUGCACGAAUGAACGAUGUGAUCCUCACAGGACUCCAAAUUACACCCAGGUCAAGUGAUGUUCCUUCUAUAAAGCAACAGAUUGCUAAUUUCCUAGACUCAAAGGAGGUCUCACAAUAUGGCAGAAACAACACCCCACCGGUCACUGUUAAGUUAAUCAACAGAGAAUUCAAAACUGCACUGCUGAAACAGGGAAAGAAGCUGAAAGCCACAAUGCUGUGAGCAUCUGACAAAACCUAAUGCCGACAUCGCCAAGAAAACACAAGACUUGAGGAAGCAGGGAAACAUACAAAGCACUUGGAGCAAAUCUUCACCAAACUAAAUGGAGGCCCAGGAGAAGAUAUCAACGAUCUGGAUACAUAUUAAAGAUCAUAUUACUAUGACAAUAAGGAUAAUGGAGGACGUAACCAACAAGAAAGAACCAUGCAGCUACAAGGAUUACAUUCAAGAACAAUGACCUUGAUAUAGUCGUUGCAAGGGCCAGCUCAACAAAGAAAUAAAAUGAGGAACUCAU